AUGGGCAACGCCGAAAGUAAAGAGGGAGAGACAGAGACUCCUGUGGCAGACGCAGAAGAAGAUAACUUCGACCUCGAUAAAAUCCCCGACGACCGCGAUCCCGACGACGACAUUUCCCAGCUCCGAUCACAAGUAUCCACCUCCGCCUCUCCCCAGGGCGAAAUGCGCUCGACCAAUAAGCUAAAAAACCGAAAGGCAAACAAGAAGACCACUGUCGAUAAAAGCCACCGUGCGCGAAGCUUCUCGCUGCUGCCCAACGAGGCCCAGCCUAUCAGCCAAGGUGCCCCGGAAAGUUCGCAGCUGAGAGAUCUGGAGCCCGAGACGUUCCAUAUAUACGAGACUUCUGACGGGAGCGAUGUGGACGAUGCGCCUAAAGCUCGAAAAUCCCUACGGCCACCUGAGGAUGAGAGGCAGGAAGUGAGUGACACGAACACGGGGAAUGUUACGGAUGAUUCUUCGCAGGAAGACGAAGAAGAACUGAUGACCACAACACUUCCAACGCGAGCUACCGUACCUAAGAAAACUGCUCGGUCAAAGCUGCCGGGGGAAAGGAACGAUGUCCCGAAAACCUCAGCUGGGCGUGCCUCUCAGUCACGCGCAGGAGCUGGAACUGGCUUCACCGCCGUCAAUCGUCGUCUUGCUUCGAAGGCCAAUUCGGCGGCCAACACCACUCCUGAUGCACCCUCAGCCGAUGAUAAUGGACGUUGGCCAUGUCCCUCCGCUGAAACCUACGGAUGUACCAAGACCUUUUCCUCACGCAAAGCAGCGACCAGACAUGCCGACAGCCAUUCCGCCAAGUAUACCUGUGCUGUAUGUCGUAAAAUCCUGAGCCGAGCUGACAGUUUGAAAACGCACAUGAAGCGCCACACUGCCUUGGAGAUAUCAAUGGCUGAAGCUGGAAAAGAGCAAGACAGGGUGGAAUCAGAAGCUGAUACUGCGGAAGAGGUGAAGAACGCCAAUUCUGAGUUGAAGGACAUGCAACUCAAUGAAAGCCCAGAAGCGGAAGCUCCGGGGUCAGAGGCUGAGGCUGAGGCUGAGCCAGAACCCCUGGAAGUGGAUGGUGCGGAGGAGCAUGAUUCCGAUGGCGAGUCGACAGAGUUGGGAGCUGAUGGAUCUCCGGAAUACACAACUCCUGCUGAGGCAUCACCAGCCGAGUUGCCGAUGGAAGAUGAUCACAUUGAUGCCAAUGAAGACCCAGAAGUUGAUCAUGCACCACCUCCAGCCAUUCAACGGAUUUUAGCUUCGCCUCGCCCAAAUGCUGCUUCAAACGAUGACCUGAUCACAGAAACACCAAUAUCAAAGCAAAGUCAGAAGCGGAAACGGAAACGGAAAUCCCAAUCACCAAGUGACCCGGAGAGUGUCUCAUCUGGACGACUCAAGAGAAGAAAAAAGACUACCAUUUCAUCGCCUACAUUGGGUCCCUCAUCCGCUGAUCUUGUGCCAGAUCUGCAGGCCCAACAAGUGACUCAGAAGAUAGUUCCGCAACUUCAGGCGAGACGCCAAAGCAGUAUUGAAAAUUGGACACAAUCAUACAACUCAAGCUCGAAUCCCCGACACCCUAGCCUCGACCCGGUCCGACCGCCCAAGCGGAACGAACAGAUAGUGGAAGUUUUAGUACCACGCACCAGUCAAGCCGGCAGUUCAUCUCAGAUUGCAAGCAAAAGUUCAGCAUCCAAAACGGCGAGACAAGAACACAAGGAACAAAAUAACGACAAGAAGACUUCCAACCUUCUGGCCAAUUUUACUAAAUCCAAAAAGUCGGAAUAUACCACCACCAAUGGUAAAGGCAGAGCUGAGGCCGGAGUUAAUUAUAAUUCCCCGAUGAAGACUGCUCGUCCUCGUGAUUCGGCGCAAGAGGCUUCCGGUAUUGCGACUUCUGUUGCCAAGAGGACUUUCUCGAAGGCUUCAGCCUCUGAGGCCGAUGAAGAAUCCGCAUCAGACUACACCGGUGAUACUGCUGAAAAAUCGGUCAACGAACAGUCGUCUCUUCAGCCUGCACCGAAGAAGGCUGCGAACGAAAUGUUUGAGUGUCGUACCUGUCAUGCGAAGUUCAAAUCUGAGAAAGCACUCAAGAAACAUGUCAAGAAGCCUAAUGUACACACAUACCUGCUUAAGUGUCAGGCAUGUAACGAAAAGUUCCCAACCGGGGCAGCCUUGGCAAGACAUGAGAGAGAAACUGGGCAUGGCGAUGCUAAUGGUCGACAAGGCCAAGUUGGUGCAUUUGGAGACUCCGAGGUCAGAAAGUUGAACAAUUGGAAAGACCUUUUUUGUGAAGAACACCACAUCACUGGUGCGCAAUUCAAUGAUAUGAUGACGGACACUCUUCAAAGGGGCCGGGGUGGUACUUGGAACUGGUUAUUCAUCAAUCGACUCGACUUCAUGGCCCAGUAUUUCAGUGUCCUACCCAGAAGAGACAAAAGGUCAAUGUUACGGUAUCGCGAGCGUAAUUUCCAAAAUCUCGAAGGAUCACUCAACUGGACAGAUGAAGACGACAAGGAACUUCUCCGCCUGCAUAAAGAAAUGGGUACACAAUGGUCGAAAAUCGCAAAAGCCAUGAUGCGGACUCAAGAUGCUGUUGCGCAGAGAUGGAGACACAAGCUUCAAUUCAAGGAGACCGAAUCGGGUGAAUGGAGUCGCGAGGAGAACAGUGCCUUGAAUAAAGCUAUAGAAGCAGUCAGGAAUGAUGCUGGCGUUUCUGCAGACGCGAAGAACUGGAGCAUACCCUGGUCCCAAGUCAGCCAGAGAAUGAAGACCAGGACACCAGCACAAUGCUCGAACCAUUACCGAGCUCUCCAUGGGUUGCACAAGAGUGGCAAAUACGUACCAAUACCUGCGCUGGAGAAGACACCCGGUAAAAGCCGGGUAUUGACGCCGUCCAAAAUGCAAAAGCGGCUUGAAGGCACAGCUUCGAAUUCAGGAAAGCGAGCAGAACUUUCUUCCAAAUAUGUGGAUGAUGAGGACUCUGAUGUGGAGGAUUUGUCAGAGGAACAACACAAUCCUGCUCAAGAAAAGGCAUCUGAAGACAGGUCAAAUGGGAUCCACUCAGACAAUCUGCCAGAGGAACACAAUGGUAAUGAUAAGGCCGAACCCCAGACUAAAGCAAAUGGGAUUGAUUCAGACGGCGAGAUUGCGAGUAAGAAAGCUACAGAGACUCCACAUACAAAUCGCAAACUAUUGACAAAGAACACACCUGGGAAGACACUCGGAUCGAGUCAACUAUUUGCGCAAACUCAAACAAAUACUUCAGCCCUCAGGCCGCCGCCAUCAAACCCAAGACGGUCUACAUCCUCUCAAGUUCAGUCACAAUCACAAGAACGGCCUUCACCCAACGUUCCUAUACAACUUCGUGCAGCCACACGAUCGCCACUACAGGAAAUACAUCCUUACACAGUUGCUGAUUUGCACAUGGGAGAGAAUGAUGACUCACAAGACUCAGACAAUAACGAUGACGAGGACGCGGGCGCUGCUGCCAACAAAAAUGUCGAGAUACAGCAAAGUGAGGAUGAAGAACCAGCAGACGAGGACGCGGAUGACACGGGUAGUAUUGAUCUAGCAAAUGGUGCCAAUGGCGAUAAUGAAAGUCGCAGCUUGGUAGAUGAUGAGCCCGAGGAAACUUCAGACGAGAACACCAGCUCAGACGAGGAGGAGGACAACGAAGACAAUGACGAAGACAAAGAGAACGAUGCUUAUUCGGGGGAUGAUUCUGAAGGAGACGAACAAGAGAGUUCAGUCGAUGAUACAACAUUUGAUUUUAUGGCCAGCAUCAACAAAUCGGCCCAGCGGUCCAAGAGCAGCCAGAUCAGAUCAUCUCAGGGUCAAAAUAGGGGAUUGAAAAGGAAAUCCACGCCCAGCGAUGAUGACAGCGAAGACGAAGAAACGGAGAGCGAGUGA